CCGGCGGUUCGGUACAUGCAGGUUCAAUUUAAAAAAUCAAUUUUUUGAAGCAUAGGCGAUUCCACCAAAUGCUCUCCAAGAUUCAUGGUCUCCUCACUCUCCUGUGACUGCACCUCAUCAGCUCAUCUACUUUGCUAGCGCUGAAUUCGCCGAUUGCGCUAAAUUGCACAUUUGGUCUCUCUUCUAAGUCAGACUUUCGUCACUGAGCUGCAGUCUUUAAAAUUAAACUCCAUCUUUUGCUUCAGCCGGCGCCUGUCAGUGUGUCCAUAUGAUUGAGAUGCUGAGAUGGAGUAUUGAUAAUCAUUGACGCUGAUGGCUAGCUCUGUGGUUUGUGGAAGUAUAGAAAGUCAACUGGUUAAAACAUUGAGUGUUAUAGUUCUGAAGCGUCACUGGAAUGUUCUCUUGAAACCCAAGGUUAGUUUCGCAGUAACUUCAACAAUUAUUAACCUAACACUACAAACACUGUCUCCUUGUUGGUUUUGGCUUUCUUGGUCAUUCUUCAAAUGGGUGGAAACAACCAUCCCUAAUUACCGCCACUCUUUACAAUCUUCUUGGAGCAUGAUUUGUAUACUCACAAAACAUAAGCAUUUUAAGAGCGCAAAAGAAAUGCUUCACCAAAUCGCACCAAAAGAUUUCCUGUCAUCGCCUCCAGUUCUCAAUUCCCUCGUCAGUGAUUCUGAUGGCUGUGACGUGAACUCACAAGUGUUGAGUUGGUUGGUGAUAUUUUAUGCAAAAAAUUCAAAGACCACUUGGGACGCAAUCCAGGUGUUUGAGCAUAUGAGGGUUUCUAGAAUCAUGCCGGAUGUGCAUGCUUGUACUGUGCUCUUAAAUUCAUUGGUGAAAGAGGGGUUGACCGACACAAUGUGGAAGACACACAAAAAGAUGAUAAAACUUGGGGUUGUACCAAACAUACACAUAUAUAACGUAUUGGUUCAUGCCUGUUGUAAAUCAAAGAAUGUGGAGAAAGCAGAUGAACUCUUGAGAGAAAUGGAAUUUAAUGGUAUAUUUCCCGAUCUAUACACAUUCAACACAUUGAUAUCGAUGUACUGCCGGAGAGGCAUGCAUUAUGAGGCUUUAUCAGUGCAAGAAAGGAUGAAAAGCGUAGGAGUGGGGCCUGAUAUCAUAACUUACAACUCUCUUAUGCACAGUUACUGUAGGGAAGGUAGGAUGAGAGAGGCCAUAAGAAUGUUUGAAGAAAUUAAAGGAAUUAUUUCUCCAAACGAGGUGACAUUUACUAUAAUGAUUGAUGGCUAUUGUAGAUGUGGUGAUAUAGAUGAAGCCUUAAGGUUAUGCAGUGAAAUGGAAGAAAAAGGUUUGUUUGCAGUGGUUGCCACUUACAACUCAAUACUCCGGAAGCUUUGUGAAGAAGGGCGGAUGAAGGAGUCAAUCAAGCUAUUAAGUGACAUGAGUGAGAAGAAAAUCGAACCCAAUAACAUCACUUGUAACACAUUGAUCAAUGGCUACUGCAAAGUUGGGGAUAUUCAAUCAGCUAUGAAAGUGAAGAACAAGAUGGUGGAAGGUGGAUUGAGACCAGAUUCUUUCACAUAUAAAGCAUUAAUCCAUGGGUUUUGUAAAGCAAGAGAUCCAGAGAGAGCCAAAGAAUUGAUUUUUAGUAUGAUUAUUUCUGGAUUCUCUCCAGGUUACUGUUCAUAUUCAUGGCUUGUGGAUGCUUAUAUCCUUCUCCAAACCAACGAUGAAGAAAAAGAAGCAUUAAUUAUUAAACUGGCAGAUGAGUUUUCACAGAGAGGUUUCUGUGUUGAUAUCUCAUUUUACAGAGCUGUUAUUAGGAGGUUGUGUAACAGAGGGAUGGUGGACUGUGCAGCAAGGGUAUUUGGUGAGGUGAUGAGUCAGAGAGGGAUAUUGGGAGAUAGUGUAGUUUUAACUAGUCUUGCUCAUGCAUACUUUAGAGACGGAAAUAGGAAAGCUGCAUAUGGUUUGUUGGAUGAGAUGUACAGAAGAAGGUUGAUGGUAACACUUACACUAUACAAAAGCUUGAAUGCUUCUUACAAGGAUGAUGAUGAUAAUGGCUCUCUAGAUGCGUUCUGGAAUGAUUUGGGGCAGAGAGGUCUGCUUUCAAGAAGUGUUAAUGAUAGCAUCCAACUACAAUUGCAUUCUAGAUGAUACUACAUACUAUUAUGUUGGAUGAGGAUCGAGUCCACUGAUUUUGAGGAUGGUACUUCUUUUUUCAAUUCAAAGAGAUGUGGUAAUUAAUGAACAAAUUGUGUAUUAUCGUUACAUUUGUGAAGUGUCAUUUAUUAUUUCACCACUUGAAUUCAAAGAGUAUGGCAUGCCUAGCCAAGAGAGUUCCCAUUUCUCCAACCCAUUGCUUCAAGUGUUCCAACCUGGGUGCUAGACUCUCCUAAAGUGUAGGUUUUUUCUCUUUUGGUCCCCACCUACUUUAACUUAGAUACAGUGUUGGUGUUAUUCUAUUUUUCUGUUUGUUAAUUCUUAUUACUAUUUUAAGCAGAUCAUACGAGACCACAAGACCACAAGACCACAAGACCACAUCAGAUUAUACUAGAUAAGAUUGAUUCAGACUGGAUUAGAUGCUAUACUUCAGACAAGAAAAUUAUUCAGGAUUAGAAAACAUUCAUUUAAGCCGAGACUCAAAGGUUUAGACCAAAUCAAAUCAAACUAGAUCAGAAUCAUUUAGACUAAACUAGAUUUUAAAAAAUUCAAAACAUACCACCAGAGUGCCAGACUAUAGUCCAACUUGGCACUAGAUCCCAGGCUGCUCCAUAGCUAGCACCCAAUGCUUUUUACAACACUGGUGCUCUUUGUAGGUAUAUAUGUUUAACGAGUUCAGCACUCACAUGCUUCUCCAUGGUGUUCUUGUCAAUAGGGAUGUGACAUUAGAUAAUGUUGUUGCAGAUUGAAACUUGAAAGGAUGGCUAGUUCUUUCACAGAUUCAACUUCAUGUUGUGUUGAAUUUGUAGUAAAGGCUCCAGCUCUUUUUGUUAUGGUAUAUGUAUUUGUAGUGUACAAUGAUUAGGAUAAGUGAUCAGAUGUAUACUUUAUGUACAAUGCGCAAACGUGUAAGCUAUGAUUACUUAGAAGGCUAUGAUUGAAGAGAGAGCUCUUGGUGGAUAUCUGAUCUCUUGUUAAUUUGUGCAUUUAUACUUGGUU